AUGAAACGACAUAGACAUAGUGUACAACAAAGAGUGGUGGUCGAGUCUGACGACUUUGAUUAUUCUGUCACUUCAGAUGAUGUACAAGGUAACUUGGCUAACUUAUUAAUUUUAAAAUUUAUACAAAUCCGACAUACAUCGUAUUUUACAAACUAUUAGGUUUUUCAAAAAAUUCUGGGCCUUUCUUAAAAAAAAUUUCGGGAUUAAGGGGGCGCAGAAUUAUUUGAGCAGCUUAACAUAUUAUUUUAGGUAAUAAAACAUAACAUAUUGUUAUUUAUAAUGAAAAAAGAAAAAAUAACUUUUUAGAAAAGAAAGACCAAUGUACUCAACGUGCCGAAAAGAUGGUUCAGUUUUACAAAGAAAAAAUCCAACGGCAGCUCAGUGACUACAAUAAGGUCAGGAACGAGGAGCAGAGGUUGUUACAGGAACAAAAUGAACUCAAGGCUCUGUAAGUAAUUUUUAAUUUAAAAUUUUUUAAAAUUUUAGGUAUGGCUUGACAAUUAAAGCUCAUUUGUUGUAUUUUAUAUUAGGUUUACAAGUUGAAACGUAAUGCCAAUUGGCGGGAAAUUCAAAAUUUUGAUUUCGAAAAUUAUUGCCAAGGGCAAAAUGAGAGCUAGAGAAAGAUAAUUUUUUUGCGAUAGGAAUCAGGGCAUUUUUAAUAUUUUUUUUAAUUUUCAGAAACUCUCAACUGGACAAAAAGUUGGAGGCCCUAACCCUACAAGCCGCCAAAGGAGCUCAAAAAGACAGUUUCAUGCACACUAUGUUCAAUGAAAUGAUGACAAAAGAAAACCCAGAGGUGAAGAUGACUAGUGAAUACUUGAAAAAGACUAUGCCAAUUACUGAAGAGCUGUUUGAAACUUUGAAUGUUACCACUAAGACUGAGAAACAGGCUUUGGAUGUGAGUUAGUAAAAUUUUUUCUUUGUUAGGGUAGAGUAAGGUAGGGUAGAUUAAGGCAGGAAAAAGAAGUAGAGGACAGGACAAGACAGAACGGAAGAAACGGACAAGGCAAUACAGAGCAGGUUAUGGUAGGUUAAGGUAGGGUAGGGCAAGGUAGGGUAGGGUAGGGUAGGGUAGAUAAAAUGAAAAUAAUUUUCAACUACAGAAUCUAUCAGACAUUGAAGCAAGUGCCCGCACCACCCUUCAGCCUCUAGUACAACAACGAACCUUGUUGGAGAAGAAGCUGAACGCCUUGAGAGACAGUUAUGACACUUCACAAGAGAUGAAGAGAUCUCUGUUCGAACAAAAAGUAAAAAGCACUACCGAGUUGGACUGCCUCAACUUGGAGCUGGACUAUAUGGAGAUAAGAAAGAAGAGCAAUACAUAA